AGAAUUUGGUGAAAAUGGACUACCCGGGCACUGGAGUCAAGCAACCGGAGGUCUCUAUCGACUUAAAUGGCUUUUACUCGUCGAAUUUCGAGCAAUUUGAGCACCCGGACCAGUCAUCUAACGCGCCAAAUUCCGGCUCAAUUUCAAGCCCGACUGGACAAAUUUCAGCUCAGGCUUAUCGUCGUACUAAUGCUGGAGCCGCUGGAAAAUUUAUGGAGAAUAGUGGAUUUGGGUGGCUUCUGGAGGUCAAUGAGGAGGACAGUGACCAGAUUCCACUGCUCGAAGAACUGGACAUUGACCUAACCGAUAUUUACUACAAAAUCCGUUGUGUGCUCCUUCCGCUGCCAUAUUUCCGAAUGAAGCUCAAUAUUGUACGAGAAUCGCCCGAUUUCUGGGGCCCACUGGCUGUGGUGCUGGCUUUUGCGAUUUUAUCGCUUUAUGGACAAUUUGGGGUGCGGGGGAAUUCAUAGAAAAGCUGGGGAAAAUUACACGAAAAAUGAGAUUUUCAGCAGAAAAAUUGUGGGAAAAAACGGAGGAAAUUGAGGGUUUUCUCAAAAAAUUUGAAAAAUUUCAUUUUUUUUUUCAAAUUUUUCACUAAAAAUUCGAAUUCUCCAUGCAAAAUUACCCCUUAGUGUAAUUUUACGUCAAUUCUGGUGUUUUGGGUUACUGUAGCGCGGUUGUUGCGGACCCGGCACCUGAUUUCACGGGAUUUUGCACUAAACGCCUGAAAACUGGAGAUUAGGGGUAAUUUUGCUUGGGAAAGUCAAUUUUUUUGGUUUCAGAGUGAAAUUUUGGUUCUAAAUAGGUAAAAAUUUACGUUUCUUCCUAAAAAUUUGAAAUUUUUUGAGUCAAAAAGUUCAAAAACUCGGCUCAAAACUCAACAUUUUUGCCAAAAAUAAUAUCAUUUUCCGAUUCCCCAUGGCAAAUAAUCCCUAACCCCAUGUCUUAAGCAAUUUAGUGCAAAAUUCCGUCAAAUCAGGUGCCGGGUCCGCAAACACCACGCUACAGUAACCCAGAACACCGGAUUUGACGGAAAAUUGCACUGAAUCUCUUAAAAUGGGGCUUAGGGGUUUUUUGGCACGGAGAAUCUGAAAAUCGACUCGAAAAUUGAAAAAUUCAGAGUUGAAGUCUAGUUUUUUUCAAAUUUUCAGAAAAAUCUCGAAUUUUCACCGUUUUAUAUUAAAAUGUUCAGUUUAAAACUAGAAAAUUCGAAUUCCCCAUGCAAUUUUACCGCUAAACUCAUGUUUUCAAGGUUUUUGUGCAAAAUUCCGUAAAAUCAGGUGCCAAGUCCGCAAACACCAGGCCACAGUAACCCAAAACACCAGAUUUGACGCAAAAUUGCACUAAAUGGCUGAAAAUUGGGGUUUAGGGGUUAUUUUGCACGAGGAAUUCGAAAAUCGCUUUGAUUUUUCAAAAUUUUGAUUUUUGGACCAAGUUUUUUAGCUUAAAAUUUGAAUAUUCCGCAAAUUUUCAAGUUUUAGGUCAAAAAUUUGAAAAUCCUCAGAAUUUGAAUUGAUUUUCAGAUUCCCCAUGCAAAAUUACCCCGAAAUCCCCGAUUUUCAGCGAUUUAGUGCAAAAUUCCGUCAAAUCAGGUGCCAAGUCCGCAAACACCAGGCUACAGUAACCCAAAACACCAGAUUUGACGCGAAAUUGCACUAAAUCGCCGAAAAUCGGGGGUUUCGGGGUAAUUUUGCACGGGGAAUCUGAAUUUUAACUUGAAAUUUCAAAAUUUUAAGGUUUGGGUCAAGUUUUUGAGCUUUUAAAAAAAAAAAAAAAAAUUUUUUAACUUUUCAGGUAGUCUCGUGGAUCAUCACAAUUUGGUUCUGCGGUGGUUUUAUGGUAUAUUUCAUUGCUCGAGCUCUCGGCGGUGACGUUGGUUAUUCACAAGUACUCGGAAUUGUUGGAUAUUGCCUGAUUCCGCUAGUUGUCACAAGUCUUAUCACUCCGUUGUUUAGCAGUUUCCGCCUCCUCUCCAACGGUCUCGGAAUGUUCGGAACCAUCUGGUCAGUGUACAGUGCUGGAACUCUUCUCUGUGUCGAUGAGCUUCAAGCCAAGAAGCCACUUGUCGUUUAUCCCGUUUUCCUGUUGUAUAUCUAUUUUUAUUCACUUUAUUCGGGUGUUUAGUAUCGAUUUUUCGAUUUUUCCCCCAUUUUUAAUGUGAUAAUGACGUUUUUAACUAUGAAUAAAUUUAUUUUAUCGAAAAU